UAGCACGAAACUUCAAAACUCUCCUCGUCGAGUAACCACACAUCUCCGCAACCAUGUACAAAUUCGUCGCUCUGUUCGCCGUGUUCGCCUGUGCCUUGGCUGCUCCUGCUCCUGCACCUGCACCUGCACCGGGUUACCUGGCACCAGCCGCGUACCACGCGGCGCCGGUGGUCGCCGCGGCGCCGCUGGCGGUGGCGCACACCGUCCCGGUCGCCACCAGCUACGCCAACACCUACAAAGUCUCCGUGAAGAGCCCAGUGGUCGCCGCAGCUCCCUACAUCGCUGCUCCUGUAGCCACAGCCGCCGUCGUCAAGACCGCUGCACCUUACAUUGCUGCCGCUCACGCUGCACCAUACAUCGCUGCUGCUCCUGCUGCAACCGUACUCGCUCACGCCCCGGUUGUCGCUAGUGGAUACUCGUUCUGAAACACGCCACACCGCCAUUUAACAACUGG